GUGCAAUGUGGUGACUUUCCCCACCUGUUAGUGUAUGGACCAUCAGGUGCUGGAAAAAAGACAAGAAUUAUGUGUAUUUUACGUGAACUUUAUGGUGUUGGAGUGGAAAAAUUGAGAAUUGAACAUCAAACCAUCACAACUCCAUCUAAAAAAAAAAUUGAAAUCAGCACCAUUGCAAGUAAUUACCAUCUUGAAGUUAAUCCCAGUGAUGCUGGAAAUAGUGACCGGGUAGUAAUUCAGGAGAUGUUAAAAACAGUGGCACAGUCUCAGCAACUCGAAACAAACUCUCAAAGAGAUUUUAAAGUGGUAUUAUUGACAGAAGUUGACAAACUCACCAAAGAUGCUCAACAUGCCUUGCGUAGAACCAUGGAAAAGUAUAUGUCUACCUGCAGAUUGAUCUUGUGUUGCAACUCUACAUCUAAAGUCAUACCACCUAUUCGUAGUAGGUGCCUGGCAGUUCGUGUGCCUGCUCCCAGCAUUGAAGAUAUUUGCCAUGUGUUAUCUACUGUGUGCAAGAAGGAAGGUCUGAAUCUUCCUUCCCAACUGGCUCAUCGACUUGCAGAGAAGUCCUGCAGAAAUCUCAGAAAAGCCCUACUUAUGUGUGAAGCCUGCAGAGUGCAACAAUACCCUUUUACUGCAGAUCAAGAAAUUCCUGAGACAGAUUGGGAGGUGUAUCUGAGGGAGACUGCGAAUGCUAUUGUCAGUCAGCAGACGCCACAAAGGCUUCUUGAAGUUCGUGUAAGGCUCUAUGAGCUUCUUACUCAUUGCAUCCCUCCUGAGAUUAUAAUGAAGGGUCUUCUCUCGGAACUUUUGCAUAAUUGUGAUGGACAGCUGAAAGGGGAAGUGGCCCAGAUGGCAGCUUAUUAUGAACAUCGUCUACAGCUGGGUAGCAAAGCCAUUUAUCACUUGGAAGCGUUUGUAGCCAAAUUUAUGGCACUUUAUAAGAAGUUCAUGGAGGAUGGGUUGGAAGGCAUGUUCUGACUUCAGUUCUUCCACGUAUUUCUUAGAAUCAGCAUUUGCAUACAGUUUAUACUGGGACAGCCAUGGGUAAA